AUUGCCGGCGAGCGCGAGGUGGAAGAGAGCGUUGAAGCCGCAAUCCGUUCGAACGGGGAGUGCGUCACUUCCAGACCUGCCGGAAGUGUGAUGUGGCUAUGAAGUGUGCAGGAUGUCUGCAAUUUUCAACUUCCAGAGCCUACUGACGGUGAUACUACUCUUGAUAUGUACCUGUGCUUACAUCAGAGCCCUAGCUCCUAGUGUUCUGGACAAAAAUAAAACUGGACUACUGGGAAUAUUUUGGAAGUGUGCCAGAAUAGGUGAACGAAAAAGCCCCUAUGUUGCCAUAUGUUGUAUAGUAAUGGCAUUCAGUAUUCUGUUUAUGCAGUAGCAAUUGCCUUCAAACGGUCAGCACUAUGGAUGAUAGACAUUGGUUAAUAUGCACAACAAAUGAACUUUAUAAAUGUGACAGUGACACACGAAUGGCUGCAGCUUCUAAAAUCUGUUUUGCUUCUUCCAUCACCAGCUUUUCUUAGCAGUGGUAUCAGAUGCAACCUUGUUACUGGACCAAGAGCUGAGAUAUUUGGGAUAGAACUCCAUUAUGGCUGAUUUUUUUUUUUAUUGGACUGCAACAACCAUCCUACAUUGAGAACUAGUGUCACGAUGUGAAUUAUUUGAUCAGUUAUUGUGUAUGUAACUGACUAAAUAUUGUAUUGUCAAUAAAAAUCUUCAAUAAUA